AUGCCUGAGUCUCCUCUCAGUCCUACGGCAGCCCGUCAAACCCCAGCCAGCAGCCUCCUCAGUCACACAGACAACAGUGCAGGCGAGAGAGUAGCUAAUGGGGACUCCUGCAGUGGAGUGAACGGUGAAAACUGGCAGAGUCUCCACCAUAAACAGGUUUUUCUGGCAAUGAUGGCUCCUCAACAGAUGCAGCAGCUUCUCUCCCCCAACCAGCUGCAGGCUCUGAUCCACCAGAAACAACAAGCCCUCCUACUACAACAGCAACAUCUAAAAGAGUUUUACAAGAAGCAGCAACAACAGAUCCACCUGCAACUGCUUAAACAGUAUCCUGGAAAGAAAAUAAAAGAACCUUCUGCGCAGCAGUUUGUGUAUCAACAGCUUCUGCAGCUCCAGCAGCAUCAACAACUCCUUCAGGUGCAGAGACCAGUGCUGUCCUCUCCUGCCGUCUCACCAGCUGGUUUUAGCCCUGCAGAGAUUCAGCAGAUAUGGAAGGAGCUCAUAAAUGGAAUAACUGAAGACAAAGCUACAAUAAAGGGUAGUAAAGAUUCUGCUGCGGUCAACAUAGUGUCACCAAAAGUCACAGGGAAACAGACCAGUGACCAACAGUCUCUGUCUCCUGGCAGAGCAGAAAGUGUUGUUAAAGUUGAUCGAGACGCCACACACCUCCUCUACAGUCAUGGUUUGUGUAACUGGCCUGGAUGUGACUCAGUCUGUGAAAACUUCAGCCAGUUUAUCAAACACAUAGAUACUGAACACACUCUGGAUGACAGAAGUACAGCCCAGUGCAGAGUCCAAAAGCAGGUGGUGCAGCAACUGGAACUUCAGCUGUGCAAAGAACGUGAGCGUCUGCGAGCGAUGAUGGCUCACCUGCAUUUGCCAUCUUUAGAAGCUCAGACGCUGCCUUCACAACGGAAUCUACAGUCGCCACAAUCUGAUACAGCUGCUGACCCACGUAGCCUACAGCUCAGCUCCGUCGCCAGCACCCCCAACUUUACUUCAGUGAGUCCGUCAGAUUCACCCCAGAUGUCCCCCCACCCUCUGGGGUCUGGCGGCGCUCCGUCGCAGGGCUGCGAGGAAGAACCAGCCACUCAUAUGUCAUGUGCUGGGGCUGUGAGACGCCGUCACCACCACUUGGUCUACCCUCUGUCCUCAGAAAAUGAAUAUGAGCUUUACAAGAACACCGAUAUCAGACCACCUUUCACCUAUGCAACGCUGAUAAGACAGGCUAUUAUGGAAGCAUCAGACAUGCAACUAACACUCAACGAGAUAUACAAUUGGUUCACACGGACGUUCGCUUAUUUCAGGCGUAACGCUGCCACUUGGAAGAAUGCCGUUCGCCACAACCUGAGCCUGCACAAGUGCUUUGUGCGUGUGGAGAAUGUGAAAGGCGCCGUGUGGACGGUGGACGAGGUGGAAUACCAGAGGAGGAGAUCGCAGAAGAUCACAGGCAGCCCAUCGCUGAUGAAAACCGUGUCCUCCAACCUUAGUUUUGGGCCCACUCUUAACACCAGCUUACAGACGGCGCUGGCUGAGGCGUCACUGCCAGGAUUCAAGACAGGAUGUUUAGGCAGAAACUCCAGUCAGACCCAAGAGGACAGACCAGCAGACGGCCCAGACCCCACGCCCCAAGUCCACCAUUUUCACCUCCUUAAAAACAAAGCCCUGAAUCCGAAUGACCAAGAAUCUCUGAUGUCAAACGGAAAACCGCAGCAAAAGACGACUGAAAACGACGAGGAAUUGUUCGAUCUUGAAUGACAUUUGUGUAGAAGAGUUAAAUAAAUGUUGAAUAUUCAGGCACAUAGAGCACCAUUGACACAUUUAGGAUUAAAUUCAUCUCAGUUUUCUGUGUUGAAAUCUGCACCAAAAAAAGAACGAUUAUCAAAUGCACUGUAAAAUUCAUUUCAGAUGUUUAAUUCAUUACCACACAGGUGCCAAUCAUGCAGCCCGUGGGCCAAAACCAGCCCGCCAAAGGGUUCAGUGUUGUCCCAUGGGAUGAAUUUGUGAAAUCCAAAAA